AUGCGACGAGUCAUCGUGGAUGACGUCUCGCCAGCAGCCGCCCUGGCAGCAGCCUCCGACCCAUUCGGAGGCUCAUCUCCCCCGCUGAAGGUGUGGAACUCGUUGACCAAGUCGAAGACGCCUUUCAUUCCAAUCGAUCCUGCCGGCAAGAAGGUUACUUGGUACGCUUGCGGUCCUACGGUCUACGACGAUGCGCAUUUGGGUCACGCCCGCAACUAUGUCAGCACCGAUAUAAUUCGGCGCAUUAUGCGCGACUACUUCAAGUUCGACGUCAACUUUGUGAUGAACAUUACGGACGUGGAUGAUAAGCACCUGUUCAACGAGUUUGUCGGUAUCAACCCUACUAUUACCCCCGAGGUGAUCGAUACCGCCAAAAAGGCCUACUCUGCAUACCUGAAGAAGAAUUUGGGCGAGUUGGACCCCGCGCUGCCCCCUGCGCAGUACAAGGCUGAGGUUGAGAAGGCGUACGCAACUGUUCUGAGCGGAGGGGCCCUACCUGGUAAUGAGAAGGCUGGCGAUGAUGAGGCCAAGGUGAAGAUGCACAUCAAGACCGCUUCAUCGGCCGCUGAGGCCCUGAAGGAUGCCGAGACUGGCGCCAGCAAGGCUGGGGAUGCCGCUACGUUCGCCGAGGCUUUCUACACCAAUGUGCAGGAUGUUAUCCUGCCUUACCUCGAUGCGCUGAAGGGCGCUUCGAUCGAUGCCGAUGACUACGGAAUCUUCACCAAGCUUACGAAGAAGUACGAAGACCGUUUCUUGAAUGAUAUGCGGGACCUGAACGUUCUUGACCCCGACGCACUGACCCGUGUUACCGAAUACGGUGCCGAGAUCGCCGAUUUCGUCGAGCGGAUCGUUAAGAACAAGUUUGGAUAUGUGACCGAUGAUGGCUCGGUUUAUUUUGAUAUCAACGCCUUCGAGAAUGCCGGUCACUCGUACGCGCGCCUGGCGCCGUGGAGUCGGUCGGAUAACAAGCUGGCUGCCGAGGGAGAGGGUUCUCUGGCUAGCAAGACUACUGUGAAGCGUGGGGCUUCAGACUUCGCCCUAUGGAAGUCCUCCAAGCCAGGUGAACCCAGCUGGGCUAGUUCCUGGGGCAAGGGCCGUCCCGGCUGGCACAUCGAGUGCUCGGCCAUGGCCUCGGCACGUCUGGGCCAGCAAAUGGAUAUCCACUCUGGCGGUAUUGAUCUUGCUUUCCCGCAUCACGAUAACGAAUUGGCCCAGAGUGAGGCGUAUUGGCAUGACCCUUGCAAGCAUGAGCAGUGGGUCAACUACUUCCUUCACAUGGGCCACCUGUCCAUUGCCGGAUCAAAGAUGUCCAAGUCUCUGAAGAACUUCACUACUAUUCGCGAGGCUCUGGAUCGUAAGGAUUGGACCCCGCGCAGUCUGCGUAUUGUCUUCCUGCUUGGCGGUUGGAAGGAAGGCAUUGAGAUCACGGAUGAGCUCGUGAGCACUGGUACCUCCUGGGAGGACAAGGUCAGCAACUUUUUCCUCAAGAUGAAGGACCCUGCUGCUAUGCAGGGUUCGGGUAGUGACACUAGCCUGGCUGCCGACCUUGAAGCUGCCAAGUCUGCUGUGGACAACCAUCUCUGUGACUCUUUCAACACUGUUGGAGUUAUGCAGUCCAUCUCCGAGCUCAUCACCAAGUAUAACAGCGCGGACAAGGCCACUCUGAACCCCAAGGACGUCGAGGCCACCGCUCGCUUCGUCACUUCGAUUGUUAACCUUUUUGGCCUCAACGGCAACGCUACUGUCGAUAGCACUGAGAUUGGAUGGUCGGGCAUCGACGUCCCCGAGGAAGCCAAGCCUUUCCUCUUCCCGCUUUCUACCAUUCGUGAUACUGUCCGCCAAGCAGCUCGCUCUAAGGAGGGCAUUUCCUCCAGCCAGAUCGCCGAAGCUGUCAAGCUUGAGGGUCCGCAAGACGUCUCCGAGGCUGCCAAGCCCUAUGCAGAAGUCCUUACCAACUUCCGCACCAAGAUCUCCUCGCUGCAGUCAUCCGAGUCUGCCGGAAAGGAAGUACUGGCGCUCUGCGAUCGUGUCCGCGACAUUGAUCUCUUCGACCUGGGCAUCUACUUGGAAGAUCGUGACAAUCUCCCUGCCCUUGUCCGUCCCGUGACUCGCGAGAUGAUCCAGGCACGCGAGGAGAAGGAGGCUCGCGCUCGUCAGAAGCAGCUGGAAAAGCAAAAGCGGGAGCAGGAGGCUCUCAAGCAACUCGAAAAGGGCAAGCUGAGCCAUCUUGAGAUGUUCCGUACCAACGAGUACAGUGCCUGGGAUGAUGAGGGUCUUCCGACCCACGACGCUGCGGGCGAGGAGAUCACCAAGAGCCGCGCGAAGAAGCUUCGCAAGGACUGGGAGCGCCAGAAGAAGGCGCAUGAGGCAUGGACGACCGCCCAGGCUAAAUAA